AACGAACUGUUUCAGUCAAAGGUCAAACCCAAUUACGCUGCGCCGCAAGCAACAGCCACCGCCAAUCCAUUUGUCAUUGCGUAAGGAAAUACACCGGAAAGGAAGAAAAGCCGACGCCAAGAGUCAAAAACCCGGUCUUAGCUCACACAUUCCUUUACGUCACGCAGAUUUGAGUGUAAAGCUGUGACCUAAUCUAUUUGUGUCCCCACCUUCGACAAUAACCUCUCGCGCCACCCUGGUUUCAUACUCUCUUUGCUUUUCGUUUUAGGGUUUAACCCCACAAUCUCCCUUUGUUUUCAUGUACAACACUAGGAGAGAAACAAAAAGUGUCUGAAGCGGCUUUUCUGGGUUUGGUUGAGCUCCAUAUUGAUGGGGGCUCUGGCUCCAGCUGUCCCCUCUUGGAUACCUGAAGAUGACCUCUUGUUGAAGAACGCUAUUGAGGCUGGUGCUUCUCUGGAAUCUCUUGCGAAGGGUGCAGUGCGGUUCUCUAGAAAAUUCACGGUUAGAGAACUACAAGAUCGAUGGGAUUCUCUCCUUUAUGAUCCAGUUGUUUCUGAGGAGGCUUCAUCUCACAUAAUUGAGUUUGAAUGUUCUGCUUCUAGCACGGCAGGAAAUUCAAACGAUAGCAAUAGUUUGUUUGGGAAGAGAAAGCCUGAGAGUGUACGUAGUUGUUGCGAUGCAUUGAGUAAAAGAAUUCGAAAUGAUCCCUUUAACUCAAUGGAUCUUAGUUUACUCGUUGAACCUAAUGAUAGCAAUUCAAUUGGGCUUGAAGAUGAACCUUUACUUGGAAAUCCAAUCUCAGAUCAUUUCAGAGUCCAAGAAACAAAUGUGAAUGUCAUGCACUGUUCUUUUCCUCAAAUACAGGAAAGUCCUCACAUACUUGGAGAGAAUCAGUUUCUUGUUGAGAGUGACUCUGGCACAGAGGAAUUGCAAGAAUCCAAGGAAUUUCCUAUGCACAGUUUGUUAGAGGAUAAUGAUAAAGAGAAUAUAUGCUCAUGGUUUGAGGGUAACCAGAUCUUCAACUCACCAAUUGUGGAGCAUGGUUUGUCAAUUUGGAGAACUGAUGAAGACUUCUCUGCAUCUGUUAUUUCUGCUGAUGAUGGUCUUGGGCAAACAGUCCUUAACGAAGGAGAUACAUGUGCACCACCCGAUGAUGGUAUUGCCCAGAUUGAAUCAGAAAUACCAUGUGAGGCUUCAGAAAAUACAGUGGCUGAUACUGAAGGUUAUUUGAUGGAAAUAACCAAUACCCUUAUGAACGAUGAACCUUUUUUAUUGGAUGUUGAUGCAAAAGAUGUGAUUGAUAAGUCUUUCUUUGAAGGUUUGCGCUCACUUUUGGCAAGUUCACCAAACAACGGUGAUCAAGAUCAGAUGACUGAAUCAAUGACAAUUGAAACUCACGAUAAUCUUGCAAAAGUUUCUAGUUCCGGCCUUGAAGAAUCAGAUGAAGUUGCAGGAUCUCGCCCUAUGGAUGGGCCCGUCUCUUGCAAUUCAAAUGUCCUAAACCUUUCUUCUUGUACUUUAAACAGUGAGGAUCCAGAAAUUCCAUGCAAUGAAGAUGCUGUCUUCCCCAAACAGCUAUGCUUAUCAACUGCUUCCUCAACAGGACACAAGGAACCCGACAAUCCAUUAUCUGCAUUCGUAAAAGAUUAUUCUCGGGGUCAGAAAGCUAGUGAGAGAGGUCCCUUCCUGAUUCAGAGAGAUAAAAAGGAUCCUGGACAAUCUCAUGGAUCUUCUCAAAUAAAAAUAUCACAUAUGAUACCAGAAGUUGGUCAGCUCCAUGCAGAAGUUAAAUGUGAGGAUUACCCGUGUGUAGCUCCAAGAGGUGAUGGUUUUCUAUCCAAUGCUUCAGCCCAAAGCAAUUCCAUUAAUGUCAGUGAUGGUACUUUCCCACCAACAUUGCCAAAGGAAAAUAGUGAAGAAAAUUUACUGGGAAUGCAUACGAAUCAUAGUUCAGCUAAUUCUUUAACAGGGAAACCUGCUCUUUGUUCUGAUAAUCACGACAGUUUCCCUCCGGUGAACCCUUCUGGCAUUAAACAAGAAGUGGAUGCUCUACAAACGAUUAUUUCUCCAGAACCAGUUGUUAAACCUCCACCAUUAAAGGUUGCAGAGUUACAUAUUGAAAGUGAUGAUAAUGUUCCUUAUUACUCGGACGGUGAGGCAAUGAUCCUUGAUAUGGACUUGUAUCCAGAUGACGAAGAUUUGUGUGAUCAGGAAGUUGCUAAAUAUCAGCACGAGGACAGAAUAAGAGCAAUUAUGAGGCUGGAGCAGGCUUACCGUUCUUUCAUGCAGAGGGACAUUGCAUCCCAUGAAGCCUUUGCCGUUUUAUAUGGCCGCCAUUCCAAUCAUUAUUAUAUUAAGAAACAUGAGAUUUUACUUGGUAGAACGACAGAAGAUUUCAUUGUUGACAUUGACUUGGGAAGACAAGGAUGUGCUAAUACAGUGGCAAGGCAGCAAGCAAUCAUCAAGAUGGAAGAAGAUGGAUCUUUCCAUCUUAAAAAUCUCGGCAAAUGUUCGAUAUGGAUAAAGGACAAUAAAGUAGCUCCUGGGCAGAACCUGGGCCUUCAAUCUGGAGAUGUGAUCCUGAUAAGGGGAACCCCGUUAAUCUUCCAGACGAACCAGAAUUGUGUGAAGCAGUAUUUGAAAAGUAUGGCAGAAAAAAAGUUGAGCUCGGGAACCCCAUGUUAGAAGUGUUUUAUGUGCAAUUUGGUCACCUUUAUUUAGUGGUAGUCUCAUGAAAUUACUAAUUGCAAGUUGGAAAGAAAUAGCUUUAUA